UAUUGUCGCUUAUUAUUUCACAGGUCGUGUCAGCAUGGAGGUGUUUGACAGAUAGUUGUUGCGAAUGUUGCUCCCUUUCAGGGAUGUUGAUGUCAUGUUUGGUCGGAAUAUAUAUAUUUUGCAUAUACCUCCCACAUGUCAAAAGCAACGAUGCCAAAGAAACAUGACAUUCUUUCGGAACAUCUCUAUAUCAAAGUGGAAGAGUUGAAACCGAAACAUUCCCUGCACAAAUUACUGGGAUGUUGUUAGACGAGAAUGACGAGAAUGUGUUGAAAAUGUUAGAAAACCCUUCCCAUCUGAAAAAUUAUGUGGAAAAAGCUGUGCAAACAUUGGAUAAACACAAUUUUACGUCUGAAAGUCACAGUGCAUUCUGUAAUGUGAGGAAGUCCGCAGCAGAGUCCAGUCCAGAACUCUGUGAUGCCCUGUAUGCCAAAAUAUCUGUUCUUGAACCAUCAAUGCCAUCAGAGUUAACAGGCAUGCUGGCUGAGUUAGACUCUGACACUGUGUCACAGCUUCUAGCGUCGCCAGAGAUGUUGAGACAGGCGAUGUCCCGAGCCAAGGAUUCCUAUCUCAAGUGUUACCAUGUCUCCCAGGAAUCCAGUGUUCCACACACUGAGAAAAACAACAACCACACUGCAGAAGCUGAUCUCGGGACAGGAAGGAUGCUGUUGGAGAUGAGGACGUCACAGUUGCAGCAUCUUCUCUCUGAUGACCCAGACCGACUGAAUCUGUACAUCCACUGGGCCUACCAAACCCUACAGCAGUACCAUGCCCAGUCCUGA